AUGGGUUGUAAUUCAUCACGAAUGACAAAUGUACCGAGUUUAUUAACAGCGGAGCAAAGUCAUUUUCUUGUUCGAGAUACUUGGAUCCAUGUGUGCAAUAGAUAUUACGAAGAAGUUGGCAUUAGUUUUAUGGUUCGAAUUUUUCAAGAUUAUCCUGAACUAAGAAAACUCUGGAUUUUUGCCGCUACUCUUGAAGUGGAAGAAGAAAUUCGGAAAAAUUCACAAGUACGUUAUCAUGCUGCAAAAAUCAUGUAUACUCUUAACGAAAUUAUUAACAAUAUCGACGACUAUGACAAACGACGUCGUAUUCUUGAAAGUCUUGGUCAGAUCCAUCUUAUGUACGAUGUACAACCGGCCUACUUUCAGGCAGCAAAAUCUUCUAUGGAACACGUAUUAAGUUCGGUGUUAGGCGAAAAUUUUACACAUCAUCAUAAGCAAGCAUGGGCCUAUCUUUUUCAGCAGAUUGUUGUCGAUUUGAGCAGAUAUGUCGAACAACAGACAGUUCUUGUUGCUGGUUGUCUCAAGAAAGAAAUUAUAACUAUCACAAAAAAUCCGAUAUAG